GGAGGCGGAGGAGGAGGAGGCGGCGGUGGAGGUGGCGGAGGGGGCGGAGGUGGAGGUGGUGGCGCUGUAACGGAUCCUUCUUGCGGGUGCGUCGUGACAACCACACCAGCACCAUGUGUCACUACUACAGCAUGUCCACCUGUUACCACAACUACAACGCCUUGUCCAACGACUAGCACAACUACAACACCUUGCACAACCACCACAAUAAGUACAACUACAACAACUCCUUGCACUACAACAACCACAACACCUACCACAACUACCACAACACCUACUACAACAACUACAACACCAACCACAACAACUACAACCAGUACCACAACGACACCUACUACAACAACUACUACACCUACUACAACCACAACAACUCCAACAACCACUACUACAACACCCACUACUACAACAACAACCAGUACAACAACCACACCUACUACAACAACUACAACGCCAACAACAACUACUACUACGCCAACAACAACUACUACUACGCCAACAACAACUACUACUACGCCAACAACAACUACUACUACGCCAACUACAACAACUACGACACCAACAACUACGACUACAACGCCAACGACAACUACCACUACACCCACUACUACCAGAACAACAACCACCACGACCACUCCGACGACAACGACACCAACAACGACAACAACAAUUGCUGACCCUCCUGCAGACCCUGCACCCUACUGCCCGAGGAUGGUGCUCGAAAAGUGUGCCCAGGCUGAAGACGUGACCUAUUUCAACAAGCUUUUGCUGCCCUACCCUGGCGACUGCACCCGCUACUGCAGGUGCGUGCCCCAGAAGGCCCUGCAGCACCGCUGCCCAAGAGGUCUGCACUUCAACGCCGACCUGCAGGCGUGCGACUUGCCGAGCUUGGCCAGGUGUUCCGUCACCAGCACGCUCCAGAGGUUUCAGUGAAAAUGUGAUGUAAUCUUUAAAACAUAAUUAUUUCCGUAAUUAUAAUAAGUUAAGAGCCUUGCAAUAGAGUAUAAGAGAUUUAAACGUGCAUGAAGUGUAUUUGUAAGAUGUACAGUGUAAUUUAUUGAAUAAAACUUUUCUUAAUAGGA